AUGAACUCCACCAAAGACCAGCCCGCCUAUUUCGGCGCACCCAGUCCACAACGCCCACUUUCCAUGCUACCACCGAAGCCGGCCCAGCUCACGCAACGCCAGAAAAAUCUGGUGGUACAUCUCAAGGCCACCGAGGGCAAGACAAGCCUCGUUGCCCCGGCUUACUUCUUGUUCUCCUGCUUCGGGAAACUCAUCUUUGGCUUCGGGGCCUCGAUGGCCGUCAAGGGAGUAUGUACCAAUGAUACUCCUUCAAUCGGAGCCGGCGGUGGAUUAUGUGCUUUCGGAUUCAUCUGCAUCUUGAUCGUCGCCUUUGGAUUUGGGGCGGCCUGUCACCGGAUAGACAAGUUCCGGGGUAUCCUCUUCAAAUGUAUAUCUAUCCUUGCGGCUAUCUUGAUAGCAGUCGGAUACGCCGUCAACCAGUAUUAUGUUUCCACUCACCACGAGUUAUUGGAUAUCCGACUCAGUUUCUUCCCACUGUUCCUCGGGGCAGCCCUAUUGGUUAUCUCCAUCUCGAACUUUUUCGCAUACACCGAGCUUGUCCGAGGACCUACCCCAGGUUUACCUCGUGAGCGUAGGCCUCUAAUCGCAAUGUGCUUCUUUGGCCCUGGAGUGGGGACGGUAUUUGGUGGAUGGAUCACUGGCGAAAAGGGAGAGUGGCCCGUAGCAUUCAAUGCAGCGGUUUUAACUCUCGCGAUGGCUUGUUUAUAUUUUGGGAUAUGUCUCUUUUGGUCCGACCAUUUACUUCGAGAAGCCGAGUGGGCAGAAAAGAGCGUGAUGCUCGAAGCUUAUCGACUCAGUACCAACGAAAUCACUGACCGUCUUGAGGAGAAGGAACAGGUCUGAAGCCCAUACAUGAAUUCACACCAGUCGAAAGUAACCAGCUCUUUCGAUUCAGUCUUUUCCAUAACGUCUCUCUCCGCGUUUCCACCCCCCCCCCCACUCCCAGGCCUCCAACUUCUAAUCUCCAAUCCGCUUUCCUUUCGUUCAGCUGUUUAUCUCUCGAUUCGUCUCUCGUUCAUUGCUACAGGGGGAGCUCAUCACUUGAGCUUGUACUACAAGGAAAAGUAGAAUACAUAUAUAAAUAUUCCCGUUGGGAAUUGUAAACUAGAACCAUUCGACAUACAUGUAUGAAGAGAAUAUUCCGUGCCAACUACUACCAUCAAAGUCAAAGUCAAUUGUUCAUCUGUUAUUUUUGUUAUUAUUAUAUUCUACACUUGUCCCAACUGCUUAUGAGAUUGAAUGUAAUACAUGAAUAUCAGAAGAUUUCGACAAAAC